GUCUUUAUUAAUUUAAGCAAAAUGAGAUAAAAUCAUGAAAUCAAUUUUUUUUUACUUAAUUUUAAAAGCAAAUUAUAGCUGUGCCUUAAAUUUUUUGAUAAUAAAUAAUUCAAUACUAAAAUAAAAAAAUUAAAAAAACAAAUUUAAAAAAAUAAUGAAAAUAAUUCUCUUCGCUAUAAUUGCUUUUUCUUGUGUUAAGGCAUAAGAUUAUGAUUAAAAAUUUAUUGAUUGUCUUGAAAAAAACAUUUGUUCUAUGUCACCUAAAUGCGAUUAAAAUGAUUAGGAAUGCUAAAAAGAAAAUUAAAGAAUAGAAAUUUGUUCAAAAAGCUGUAUUAGAAGUAUAAAUUCUUAUAAGGAUAUAGCUGAUUGUAUUUAAUCUAAGUGUAAAUCUAAAGUAACUACUGAAUAACUUGUAGAUCUCAGAGUAAAAUGCUUGUAGGAAGCUUUCACUCGUGAUGAAACAGAUCAAACUACUAAUAAACCUUCUGAUCCUUAAAAUCCUUCUAAGCCAUUAAAUCCCUCAGAUAAUAUUAAAUAAUCAUAAAAUAGCAGCUCAAAAUUUAUUACUUUAGCUAUGUAUCUCUUACAUAUUGCUUUAUUUAUUAUGUUUUGAUACAUUAUUAUUUUUUGUUAAC